UGCACACUCAUGCCCGCGCACACACCUGCCGCCCCUGCCAUGCCCGUGCCCCCCCGAAUACCACGCAGGCACCCCGCCCGUGCCCCCCUGGAUGCACGAGCAGAGGCGAGCAGCCCCCCGAGGACGGCAGUGCCCACGUCCCCCGAUCUCCAGCGGGGCCAGGAGCCCUUGCACAGCCUGGGUGCCUCUAGCCAGCAGUGCAGGGGCAGAAGCGGAGGGUGGAAACAGAGCUUAAACAAAAAACUGGGACCCUGGAUGGGGCCAAUGGACACCACGGAGCGGAGCUUUGUGUGGGCUCAUCUCCAAAAACAUGGGAAUGGCUUGCACCCUGCAAACAGCAAGCACUGCGGGAGCACCCGGGACCCAGCAGGCUGUGGGGGAAAGCUGGCUGCCGCCGUUGUGGGGGCGGCAGAGACCCAGCCUUCCUCCCCGCCUGUGCAGCCCAGAGCUUCCGUAACUCCACCUCGGCGCGGGCUCACGUCCUCGCACACAGAGGAGACCAUGGGAGGGACGGCUCGGGAGAGCCCAGAGGACUGCCGCUUUCUGGACGCAGAAGCAUCCAAGACGCGAAAGAAGACCUGCACCAGAUACCAGAUCUGCGGACUGCUUUUCAGCGUGCUGCUCAUUUCACUUAUUCUGAUAUUUUUUGGUGUCAAAUAUCUCUGGAGCCCAACACCCAGAAAAGUUUACGACAUGGAGCACACGUUCUUCAGCCACGGUGAAAAGAAGAAGAUUGUGAUGGAGAUUGACCCACUGACCAGGACAGAGACCUUCAGGAGUGGGAACGGCAGUGAGGAAAUCCUGGAGAUCCAUGACUUUAAAAAUGGAAUAACUGGCAUCUUCUUUGUGGGACUUCAAAAAUGUUUCAUCAAAACUCAGACUAAAGUCCUACCUGAGACAACAGAGGCCAAGAUCCCUGAGCUUGAGGGAGAAGAAAUCACGACCACCUACCUUGAGCAGUCUGUGGUCUGGGUGCCUGGGGAAAAGCCCAUUCAGAACAAGGAGUUCCUGAAGAGCUCCAAAAUUUUUGACAUCUGCAGAAAUGUGACCAUCUACUGGAUCCACCCCACGCCGAUAGCAGCUCCUGAGCUGGCCAGCCUUGAAGGGGCAGAAGAAGAUCCUGAGCUGCUUGUGGACAACCAGAGCUGGUUGGAUGGGGGUAGUGAACACAAGGUGGAGAAGGAUGUGCAGCUGGGCCCCAAGCGCCGGGCACGGCAGCUCACUGAGGAGGACCUGCCCAUCAAUGACUACUCGGAGAACGGGCUGGAGUUUCACCCCCUGUGGGACGAGCAAGGCUACUGCUGUGCCCAGUGCCGCCGUGCCAACCGCUACUGCCGGCGGGUCUGUGAGCCCCUCCUGGGCUACUACCCCUACCCGUACUGCUACCAGGGCGGGAGGGUCAUCUGCCGGAUCAUCAUGCCCUGCAACUGGUGGAUUGCGCGGAUGCUGGGCAGGGUGUAGCACCUGCCUCACAGCACCCAGGGCUUGGGUGCUGCCCCAUGCCUCAUUGCCACCCAUCCGGAUGCAUCCUGACGCAGCCAACCCGCAGGUUGCUACCAGCUUGAUUGCCGGCAAGCAUGCGAGCCCGCCGGCCGCGACACCCUCACCGAGCGCACACCGCCUGACCCCCCUGCAUCCUGCACUGCUCCCGCGGCGCUGGGGGAGGCCGUGCUCGAGUGCAUCGUCGCCACGCCGAGCAGCAAGAGGCAAACAAUAAAAGUCUUGUAUGAGCGAUUGC